UAAGUCACAUGUGAAAAUUAUUCAGGAACUGAAACCGUUAAAAACUCAGGUGUGAUCAAGUCUGCUCUGUUAUUAACUGUUAUUAACGUUGCACAGUUGUGACAUGACUCCUUUGGAUGGUUGCAUUUCAGUCAGUGAAGAGUAAUGCUGUCAGGUUUUUUUGAACUUGGGUUAUGUUAUUGAAAGACAUCAGAAAUGUCUGCUGUAACUGCGUCGCUCUGCUCGACUUUGCUGUUUGUCAUCCUCAUUGUGGUCGACUCUGCAGUUGUGAUAAACAUCCCAGCUGUAUCUGGACAAAGUGCCAUUCUGUCGUGUCGAACUCAAAACAAAUCCGUCAUAGUGGUGGAGUGGAGCAGACCUGACCUCAAGAAUGAGCAUGUCCUGUUUUACCGGGAUGAGCAGUUUGACACAGACAACCAGCAUCCAUCUUUUAAGCAGCGGGUGACUCUGCGGGACAGACAGAUGAAGGAUGGAGACGUGUCUCUGAUCCUGAAGGAUGUGACGAUUAACGACAUGGGAACGUACGAGUGUCGUGUUUUCAUGAGAGGGACAAACCGCAGGAAGAGAGCCAUUUUGGAGACUGAGCCUAUCUGCAUCAUCAACCUGAGUGUCUGUGAUCUUUCAGGACCACCAGGAGGAGAAGAGAGGUUUAGACAUAUUGGACUGAUCGUUGCCCUUUUACUCUUCACUUCAUCACUGCUUCUUCUUGGAGUUGUUCCUUUCAUCCACAGAAGACAAAAACAACGACAGACUCACAGCUCACAGAAGCCUCCUGGUAAAAGCUGGUGCUCAGAGGAAGAGGGAGACUUUGUGUCUCUGAGCUGUGAGGAGGACGACAGCUCUGCUGGAUGGACUCUGAGGAGAAACACAAAUAUAGGAAACACAACUCAGUGUGGAGAUGGGUGGGGAAAACUUGUUAAUUCUUCUUGUAACAUUAGCUACAUCAUCCCGUCAGACAGUGGAGUUUACUGGUGUGAGUCCAGAGAGGGUCCCAUCAGUAACAUGGUUAACCUGACAGUCACUGGUGGAUCAGUGAUCCUGCAGAGUCCUGUCCUCCCUGUGAUGGAGGGAGAUGACGUCACUCUGCUCUGUAAAACAAAGACCACUCCCUCCAACCUCCCAGCUGCUUUCUAUAAAGAUGGCUCCCUCAUCAGGAAGCAGCCUACAGGUCACAUGACCAUCCAGCAUGUUUCCAGGUCUGAUGAAGGCCUCUACAAGUGUGACAUCAGCGGUCAUGGAGAGUCUCCAUCC